AUGCUGGCUUCACUGCUUCGUCCGAAACCACGUCGCACCCAGAUCGAUGAGUCUCCGUUUGCCUCGCCCUUUACACCAAGCGAUCACAAUACCUCUCCCUGGUUUCGAGCUGCCGCAAACCGUGGCCGCAGACGCGACUACGACGCGCCCGAGUUGCACGAUGUAGACGAAGAAAGCCUGGACGAGGACGAGGACGAGGAUGCCGAUUGGAUUCAAGAUCACAAUGAGGAAGAGGACGAGCGGCCCAUGGAGUCGACACCACUUCUCCCAAUAUUCUCCGCCUCACAACUAGAUUCCCUCCCAGUCUACGAUAUCACCCAUGCGAUUCGUCCCUUGAUCGCCUCCCGCUGUGAGACGACCUUGACAUGGGAUCAGCUGCGAUCACCGCAGGUGUCGCAGUUUUUGAUCAAGCCCAUUCAACAAAAACUCAUGUCCGCCCACUUCUCGCGAGCCACUCUCUAUGCCCUCAUGGCCAAUUGUCUCCAGUUCGAGAAGGAAAUACAGCUCAACCCGGGAAACAGCGGUGCUAGCCAAACACGGGCGAUGGUGAGCGAACUACUAGCGAUCAAAUUACUCCGCGAAUACUCGACGAGAGAGCUGAUCGACGCGCUAUCCUAUGAGUUCUACCCGCUCCAGGGUCAGGAUCCAUCGGCUGCGUGGGCACAUGGUCCACAAGGGAAACGGGUCGUGGGGUCCGGACGGGUUUCAUGCCUCGAAGUCGCCAUUCGAGCCCAAGCGAAGCGGUUUUUGGCCCACCCCGUGGUUGUUCAACAAUUGGAAGCCAUUUGGGCUGGAACUAUCGUCUUCCAUUCAGCGGCCGAUCAUUUACAUCGUCGCGGGAAUACCGCUAUUGGUCCCGAUUAUGGGACAUCUGCAAAUCCGAAUGGAAACCCCAUGGCUGGACCUGGGAAUUCAGCAACGCGCCGCUCCGUGACAUUAUACAACCCCCGCGAAGCUUCCCUGUUCAAGCUAUCUCGACUACGAGUACCACGAUAUCGGCAAUUCCUCUCUACUCUCUCCUUCGCUGUGCUACUAGGGCUGUUCCUGGCAGUAUUGCAAGACAGAAGCCGGUCGAUCACUUCUCUAGAGGUCGUAUUUUGGUUUUGGAGUACAGGGUUCAUGCUUGAUGAAGUGGUAGGAUUUAACGAGCAGGGAUUUAGCUUAUACCUGAUGAGCUUCUGGAAUCUAUUUGACCUGGGAAUCUUACUGUUGUUCUUCUGCUACUACUGCUUGCGGGUCUAUGGUGCCUUUUUGACUUACCCUCGCAAUCAGCAGGUGGCCAACCAGGCGUAUGAUGUGUUGGCGGCCAAUGCGGUACUUUUAUUCCCUCGCCUUUUUUCCAUACUCGAUCAUUACCGAUACUUUUCGCAACUGCUGAUUGCAUUUCGUAUUAUGGCGUCCGAUCUGAUUGCAGUGUUUGUGUUGAUCAUCAUCGCCUGCAGUGGAUUCUUUGUCGCUUUUUUGUCAUUUGGAAACGAUCAUUCUCCCAAUACAGUGGCAUACGGACUGUUUCAAAUGCUGAUGGGCUUUACGCCUACGGCAUGGGCGAUGUGGGAGGAUUAUAAUCUUCUCGGGCGGUCCAUCCUGACACUCUUCCUCUUCAUUUGUCAUUUCGUUGUCGUCACCAUCUUGAUUACAGUUCUCACCAACUCCUUCAUGAGAAUCGUUCAGAAUGCCAACCAAGAACACCAAUUUUUGUUUGCCGUCAACGCGAUUUCUAUGGUCAAAUCGGAUGCACUUUUCUCCUACGUUGCCCCGACGAAUAUUAUUGCGUGGUUGGUCACGCCCUUUCGAUAUGUGAUGCCAUUUCGAGAAUUUAUUCGGCUUAAUCGAACGAUCAUCAAAAUCACCCAUUUACCGAUCUUGUUUACCAUCUGUCUCUACGAGAAAACCAUUCUUAGCUCCCAAGUGGUGGAAUUAACUGACUUGGUCGAUGCAAAUCCCCAGACAAGAACAACAGAUCCCACGCAAACUUGGCGACCAAGUCGAUUCCGUGCAUUCAGCAACAGGGGCCCGGGCCUGGUUCGAGAGCCUUCGGUUGCAACCUACCAGAAAGACCAGGCAUUGGAGGAGGUUUUCCGACGACCGUUAAGCGAUGAUCGACUGCGCGGGCCCCGGCGCAAGCAGCAAACCAACAACGUGAUCAAAGAUUGGAUGCAAGAGAUUGGUUCCGGCCCAGUUCAUACCCCCGAUGAGCAGGAUUCCGUGGCCGAUCUCCUCGAAAUGCCUACCCGUCGACUGCGGUUUCCAUUCCGCAAGACCCUCGCUGCGGGUGGACGCAACUUUACGGAGACUACUCGCUCGGUGGCCUCCAAUCCAGAGGAAAGAACCAGCCACGUAGCUGGCCCUACGUUCAGUCGUCCACGAGGAGAUUCUGCGUCCCCCACCCGAACAAGACAGCUCUCCCAGCACACGGAUAUGGAAGGAGAUGACGAACUUACAAGUGACGGCGGAGACUCCGACAAAGAAAACAACAGCGACGUGGAGGAGGAAGUGAGGAGUAGUGAAAAGACCACGCCUAAAUUCUACAGCUCUCGGCCAUCGACCGCGAGACUGUUGUCGCGCCGUGGCAGCCCUACCCGCCGGCCUAAGCACACCCGAAACGUUUCCGGAGUCACUAUGCUCUACAAUCCCCUCGGGUCACCGAACGAAGGCACCGAAGGCCGGGCCACUCCUACCCGGCCCAACCCAGAUUCUUCUGAUGAUGAACCCAGUCGCCUGCCUCAUGUAUCGACCUCAGUGGACCAGGGCACCAUAAAGAGACACCCUGCCCCUGCUGCCUUUAUAUCCCGGACCGCCCUGGCUCAGCUCGACCUCAGAGAUCUCUGCUAUUUGGCCUGGGAUCUGACCUGGGAGACAACAAGGCAGUGGUUGGUGCUUACGCUGGCGCUGUACCAUCUAGCUUCAACACCCAAAUGGCAUUCGCAACGGGGGGGUCUCCGACGUGAAGGGACGAGUCAAACCCAAGACAUGCUUAGUAAAUUGGUUCUGGCUCGAAUGAACAAUAUUGAGGAAGGAUUCCGCGAAGUGAUCAGGGAAGUUAAGGACCUUCGAAAAACUGGGUCGAGUCGAAGUGGAAGCCGCCCUCGGGUGGAUGAGCUUCGUCAACGUGAGAGGAAGAAGCGCGCGGAAAAGAAAGAUAAAGAUGUGAAAAAGCGCCGACCCGGCUCAGAGGAGAGCCGGAUUGGCCGUGAUGGACGUCUUUCAUACUCGCCGAGGAAGGAGGAGUAUGACCACGACGGCGACAACGAUCAUGAUGCACCACGAUCAGCAUAA